UGCCUUCUUCUCCAUCUAGAGAACUAUAAAAACAGGCUCUCCUUCUGUGCUCAUGACUUUCUGUCACCAUGAGUACACUUCUGAUCCUAGCCCUUGUGGGAGCUGCUGUUGCUUUCCCUGUGGAUGAUGAUGACAAGAUCGUUGGAGGAUACACCUGCCAGAGGAAUUCUGUCCCCUACCAGGUGUCCCUGAACUCUGGCUACCACUUCUGUGGAGGUUCCCUCAUCAACAACCAGUGGGUAGUGUCUGCAGCUCACUGCUACAAAUCUCGCAUCCAAGUGAGACUGGGAGAGCACAACAUCAAUGUUGUUGAGGGCAAUGAGCAGUUUGUCGAUGCUUCCAAGAUCAUCAGGCACCCCAACUUUAAUUCGUGGACCCUGAACAAUGACAUCAUGCUGAUCAAGCUCGCUUCCCCCGUGACUCUCAAUGCCCAAGUGUCCACUGUGGCUCUGCCCAGCUCCUGUGCACCUGCAGGCACUCAAUGCCUCAUCUCUGGCUGGGGCAACACCCUCAGCAAUGGUGUGAACAACCCAGACCUACUUCAGUGCGUGGAAGCCCCAGUGCUGUCUCAGGCUGACUGUGAAGCCUCCUACCCUGGGGAAAUCACCAGCAACAUGAUCUGUGUUGGCUUCCUGGAGGGAGGCAAAGAUUCCUGCCAGGGUGACUCUGGUGGCCCUGUGGUCUGCAAUGGAGAGCUCCAGGGCAUUGUCUCCUGGGGCUAUGGCUGUGCUCUGCCAGAUAAUCCUGGUGUGUACACCAAGGUCUGCAACUAUGUGAGCUGGAUUCAGAGCACAAUUGCUGCCAACUAAAGAUCCCCAGUCCCUCUUCAAUCAAUAUGUUAAUAAAGUUCAUUUUACCCUCA